UUGGCCCUUACACACUCUCUUAAGGGCCGAGCUGCGACAUGCCUUACCAAGAUACAACCGGACAAGGUUUCCUGGAGCACCAUAAAGGAAAUGUUAAUAUCAACAUUUUCAAAACCGAUGAUGAUGCAGGAUCACUUCGAUCAAAUAAUAAAAUUUCGAAUUAACGAAAAGGAAGGACCAGCUGAGUCGGGUAUGCGACUGUGGCAGCUUAUGGAGAAGAUUCCUGAUGCAAAUCUACCAGAAAACGUCAUGACAGGUUUUGCUAUCUCCGUCCUAUCCCAGUGUGAUGACAAAAUCCGCCGAGAACUUAAUUCGGUGGUUAUAAAUAGCAAAAAUCAACUGUUUCGCACUCUUCGAAGUUUUACCUUAAAACGAAGACUUGAAGAAUCAUCUUCUUCUGAAUACGAAGCCAAAAAACAACGUACAUCGACAACGUUCCGUGGGGUAUGCCACUUUUGCGGGAGGAUUGGCCACCGCGGUCAGGAUUGCAGGGACAAACAACGUCUGAUCGCUAAAAACCCAUCUACUUUCGCCAAAGCAGAAAGUACGAACCCUUCAAAAUCCACUGGAACCUGCUAUGUGUGCAACGACCCGGGACAUCUUGCAUCCACGUGUCCGCUGCGCUGGAAGAAGAAGGAUGAUGCAGCGGCCAAUACCAGCACCAGCAGCAAACAUGUGAACCUGUGUUCGAGGUCAUCGCGAGAUCAAUGAAGGUGCGCGUACGAGGACUUACGCACGUCAGCAUGGCCGUGACGGCGCAAAGUCAUCGUACCACUUUGUAAACACGUGCGCCAGGCCGAGCAUCACGCGAUCAUCACACCAUCCCCACCACCCCACUACCAGACUUGUUUACGCUAGGUUAUAAAACCAGGUGCACGGGAAAGAGAGGGGCUUUUUACGUUCUGUCUGUUGCUUCGGCCUGACGCUCGUAUACGUACCUUUUGUAAAUUAAAAUAAAUUGUAAAGCAAAAAUAAAUAAAGUAAAUUAUAUCACGA